AUGGAGUCUCCGCCCUCAAAUGAUGAAAAGCAUGAAUUGGCUGUUGCACUUCGUUUGAAAGAAGAGGACGACGCACUUUUGUGUGCCUUCGGACCAGAUUACUUCAAUGGGGCACGUGUGGGUGCCGGUUGCGGCGGAGUGUUUACGGCAUUUCUCGCAUGGUGGUCCUUUGUUGAUUUAAAGGAGGAUCACAAACUGUGUGACUCGGCACUGCCGACUCACAUGCGUGAUAGAUCAUGGACUAUAAGACGAGGUUUUCACUCGAGGCCCUUCUUCACAGUUGGCUGUGUUGCACUAGGUAUUACAACACUAAUGAAAGCAACCAAGUUUUGUUUGGCGAAUUAUCGGUAUCAGGAAUUUGCUGCGGAUGAUAUUGGUUUCGAGUUGUUGAAGAGCAUGUACGUUAGCUCGCCUGAAGGGCACCGGCAGUUUGAGGCCUUUGUGAAGAAAACGAUUGGUAAUGAAAAAGUAUUGGAAUUACCAUCGCCUUCCACUAACUUUGCAACGGGUGGAAAAAUCCGCAACAAUCAGAAUCUUACGGAAACACUAGUGAGCAGUACAUCGUCAUUUUGUGAUCGUAAACCACCGUCGUUUUGGGAUGGAGUGGCUGUUGGAAUUAUGGGUUCCGUCAUGGACUGCUACUUACCGUGCAAACCCCUCUAUAGUUACUAUGGCAUGAGGUGCGGUAUGCGCCUUUGA